AUGGACCGCAAGAGAAAGCGCGAAUUGCGCGAAAUAAAUAGCCGCGCAUGGAAUGGAGAGAAAGGCUACCAUGCAGGUGUAUUCGAAAUAAGCACGUCUCUCGACUCAUCCUUAAAAAAAAAUACCGCUUUCAUUAAAAGGCUACGUACUACAGUUUCUCAAGCCACGUUGGGCACUUUUCUACAAGAGAUUCGGACCCUUAUCCUCCACAAGUAUCUCUCUGAAAUCAUUUCAGCAUGCUAUGAAGGACUUUGCAAAUUGAAGUCACCAGGCGAUAUUGGUGCAGGAAUUGAAAUAGUUAGUGCAUUACAUCAGCGAUUUGGACCAACUGAAUUCACAGAAUAUCUCGGAUGGCUUGUUGGAAGGGGCUUGGCUUCACCGGAAAAGUCUCAACUAAAAGGAAUACCCGCGGAAGCACGAGAAAAGGAAGAGAAGGAGAGAAUGACGCGCCAGAGAUCUUUGCUAAGGGUCGUCACUGAAUUAUGGCUCGUGGGGGUGCUGAAGACUCUUGAUGAUGUCAGCCGUCCUGAUGAAGCAUCAAGAGGCAAGGAAUCAUUAUCUUCUGGACUCGGCAAACUAUCAGAGGGCAAACCCAAGGCAGCUUCAGCAAGUAAAGGAAACUGUGCAGAACCAUUUCCUCUAGAAGUUUUGAAGGACCUACUUGGUCAUGAUCGAGAGCACACAAAUCUACCGCUACUAGUCGUAUUCGUCAAGGCUUUCGGAUGGGAUAUCUUAGGAAUUAAGGAAUUCGGAUCCGAUUUCCGGAAAAGUAUAGAUGAAGAUAGUACACCUAGACUGAUAGCAGAGGUCGAAGCAGAUGACGAAUCUGCUGAAUCUCCAACGUUGCAUAUUGGCGAUUUUUCGUAUGAUCCACCACUAGCAUCACCUGAGCUUCGUGAGAAGUUCCGCAAAGUCCUAAGACGUUAUUUCGAUGAUGUCAAAACCCACUUGAUUCGCGACCAAAAAGCCAUCAGCAAACAGGCACGAAAAGAUGCUGAAGCAUAUGUCAAGUCAGGACAAGUUUUUGAAGAUCGACAGGCCAGUUAUGAAAAGGUUGUUAAAUCUCAUGAACGGUUAAUACUAAACGCACAAUUCCUUGCGGAUGCCUUGGGCGUGGAAAUGCCUGACUUAAAGGAUUCAGAAGACGGGCUCAAUGCUGCUAGUGGAGGCAUAGGUCUCGUUAAGACCGGAGAAUACUUGCGAGGAGAUAGCGAUGGCGCUGGUAUUUGGGAAGAUGAAGAUGAGAGAAGAUUCUAUGAGAAUCUUGUCGAUUUGAAAGGCAAAGUCCCGGGUAUGCUUCUGGAAGAAGUAAAGAAAAAAAAAUCAGACGCCGAUGAACAGGUUGGACGAAAAUUUGAUACUCUAGACACGAAUACGGACAUGCCCUCUCCCACUCAAAAAGAAGAAGAGACUCCAUCUACCUCCAUUGUUAACAAAACUAUUGGCGUCCAAGUUGAUAUUCUACUGGCUCGUCUUCCCGAUCUAACCAACAAAGAGCUAAUUGACCAAGCUGCCGUCGAUUUCUGCUUCCUGAAUUCAAAAGCAUCACGUAAUCGACUGAUUAAGGCUGUCCAAGAGAUACCUAAGGGUCGAAGUGACCUACUUCCUUCCUACUCUCGUCUAGUCGCUACUCUCGGCAAGUAUAUGCCCGAUGUGACGAGAGGAUUAGUCGACUAUCUUGACCAUGAAUUUCGUAGCCUACAGCGAAGAAAAGAAAAAGAGUUCCUCGGUCAGGCUAGGCUUGGGAACAUUCGAUACCUUGCUGAAUUGACCAAGUUUAGGGUUGUCCCCGACCAUGUUAUCUUCUACUGCCUCAAGGUUGGGCUUGAUGAUUUUUCAAGAAUGAAUAUUGAAAUUAUUUGUAGUCUUCUUGAAAACUGCGGACGAUAUUUACUCCGAAAUCCUGAAACAUCACCUCGAAUGACUUUAUUUCUAGAAACAUUGAAGCGAAAAAAAUCUGUGCAGCACAUUGGGCAGCAAGAGAGAAUGCUAAUAGAAAACGCCGUGUAUUAUGUGGAUCCUCCUACUAGAUCUGCUAUUGAGCAGAAGGAGCGGACACCUAUCGACUUGUUUAUACGUAAAUUAAUUUAUUUAGAUAUGAACAAUCGUAAUUACAGCAAAAUCUUAAAACAAAUUAGAAGGCUUCACUGGGAGGAAAGCGAGGUCGUCGCAAUCCUGGAAAAAAUAUUCUCCAAGCCCGGCAAAGUUAAGUAUGGCAGUAUUCAUCUUCUUGCCAUAUUGACGAGUACCUUGUAUCGUUACCAUCAAGAAUUUGUCACCACGGUCAUAGAUAAUGUCCUUGAAUACAUUGUUCUAGGCUUAGAACAAAAUGAUUUCAGAUUUAAUCAGCGACGACUUGCGGAAGUAAAAUAUCUAGGCGAGCUCUACAACUACCGUAUGGUAGAUAAUCCCGUAAUAUUUGACACACUUUACCGCAUUAUGACAUUUGGAUAUGGUGGACCACCUUUGCCCGGCCGAAUAAACCCAUUUGAUAUGCCGGAUGAUUUUUUUCGCAUUCGACUCGUUGCAACCAUCCUUGAAACGUGCGGAAUUUUUUUUAACCGAGGUAUAGCAGGGAAGAAACUUGAUUAUUUUCUCUCAUUUCUACAGUAUUAUAUCUACACAAAAGACCCGCUUCCGAUGGACAUCGAGUUUCUUAUUCAGGACGUAUUUGCAUUGACAAGACCGCACUGGAAACUUGCAUCGAAUCUCGACGAAGCAAGCAAGGCGUUCCAACUUGCUAUGGUACAAGAUCAAAAAAUGACAGGAAUCGAGAAACCCGAAGAGCUAGAUAGCGAUGGUGCCUCUGAAGCUGAUAUAGGUGACAACGACAUCGAGGCUGAGCUACCUGAGAAUGAAGGCGAUGAGGAUAUGGAAACUGAAGAUGAUAUUGACGUCGAUUCACAUGGUAAUAACCACACUAGCUCGGUGAGCACUGAUUCUGAAGAGGAAGCUAUUGUUGUUACACGGCAAGAAGAAAUUUUAGACCCUGAAGAUGAAGCAGACUUUGAACGUGAGUAUGCAAGAAUGAUAGCUGAAAGUUUAGAUUCCCGAAAACACGAGCGAAAAUCAGCAUUUGAUGUUCCCCUACCAAUGAAACGAAAAGACACUACUGCCAACAGUGACCCAUGCGGUGACGAGUCAAAUAAUGACCAUGCAACACCGGCUGGUACUAUGAUAUUUUCGCUGUUAACAAAACGUGGCAAUCGUCAACAAACUAGAGCUGUUGCGUUACCAUCAGACUCAACCCUAGCCAUCGCUAUGAAAACUCGCAAGCAGGUUGAACGCGAGGAACAGAAGCGAAUCAAAGAUCUUGUCUUGAACUAUGAUCUCCGUGAUGGCGAAGAUCAAGAUGCAGGAAUCGAGAAAAAUCCCGUGAUAAGUUUCUCUAGACUUGAUAAGUCAAGUAACAACCGUAGCGGCCAACGCUCUCGGAAAUUACAACUGAGUGAUGUCGACUGGUAUGGCUCUGAAAAAAAUCUUUCUCUGCACGCAAGUCAAGUUCCUCUCACGGCUACAGAUGAGAAUGCCCUACUCUGUCAUAGCAAGUGGAUUCAGUCUACCCCUUUAAUUGCGGACCAGCGUCUUAGAAAGGUCCUUCCGCGACUAAGUCGAAAGACUAUCCUCGAAUCUCACAUAGCUCGAUCAGGGGAAAGUAAAUCGGGCGGCAAAAAGUAG